GAUUGGUUACGACACAGAGUUUGUAGUGAAGAGAGAGAGUCCAUCCGUCGUCCAUCGAGGGCAGCGUAUUCAACCGCUCACCAUGCUAAUGAUUGUCAUUACUAGUUUGGUCCUCAUGAGGGCGUGGAGUCCGUUGGAGGUGCCCUCUUCUUCGAGUGACGUGUGGAAGGAGUGGGAGCUGAGAGGCGUGGUCUUCUUGAGCCUUGCCCUCCAAAUCGUCCUCAUUUGUCUUGGUAGCUGCCGCAAGUACUUCCCUUAUACUUGGAUCAAGGUGGUCACUUGGUCGGCCUACCUAUUGGCCGAUUCGGUUGCAAUUUAUGCAAUCGGCAUGAUCUCGAACAUGAUCAGGGAAAUCAAGGCCGGCAAAUCGUUGAGCAACCCACACACGGAGCUAAGCACUUUUUGGGCGCCGUUUCUGUUGCUGCACUUGGGAGGCCCCGACACUAUCAGUGCCUACGCGAUUGAGGACAACGAGCUCUGGCUUAGGCACUCGUUGAUGUUGGUGAACCAGGCAGGCUUGACUGUUUAUGUCCUGGUAAUGGCGUGGACUCAUCCCACCCUUUCAUUCCUUGCCAUUUUGAUAUUGCUCUCGGGUUUCUAUAAGUAUGGUGAGAGGGUUUGGGUCCUCCGCACCGCUAGCCACGAAUACUUCAAGGACUCCUUUGCCAAGUCCCGACCCAGCCGGAAGGAUUCUGGCAAGAUUAAGGCAGAAUGUGAGUUGAAGCAGGAGGAAGGGUACGACGUCGUGCCUCAUCAUGUAAUUGACAUAGAUAAUGAAGAUGCUAUUAUGAUCGAUCUUGCGAUCGCAGAAUUUUCCUCUAAAAAACUGAGUUUUGGGAAGGACUCAAAGGACGAAGAAUACAAGAGCGUUGUGGGCACACUGCUAUCGGCCAGUCGCUUGGUUGACACUAGUCAGCGACUUUUCGCGGAUCACUUGUUCAGUAAGGAGGAAUGCGACAGUUGCCUAUCGAUACUGAGAGGCAAGCAUUGUGCAGGGGAUUUCAAGGUCAUUGAAAUCGAGCUGGGCCUCAUCCACGACAUGUUCUACUCGAAGGCAAAUGCGGUCUAUACGAGAUGGGGUUUUAUUUGUAGACUCACCAUAUUAUUCUCGAUUUGUGUUGCCUUGGUGCUCUUCUCUUUUACUGACAAGCGACUAUACUCAAAGCCGGAUCUAUUCUUAACCUUCCUGUUGCUAGGAGCGGCCAUUUUCAUGGAGUUAUACGCACUGGCUCACGUUCUUUUCUCUGACCAGAUCGCCUGUUGGCUCAUUGACAAAAAGCAAUCGGCUGUCUUUCAUUUCAUCACUCGAAUCCAACCACUGUUGAAAAGGCGCAGGUGGUCCAAUUCCAUGGGCCAAUAUAACCUGAUGUCCUUCCAAAAAAAUUACUUCCGCUGGUGCAGUUUCCUCAAGCUAUCGGACGUCGAAGAGAUGGCGGUGAAAUUUCUCUACCCACGCCGCGUGCCCGUGAGCGACGAUGUCAAAAAACUAAUCAUGUCAAAGAUCAAAGAGAUGGAAGCGAGGGUCCAAGAGAUGGACGAGAAAGAACUCCAAGACUUCCAAAUGAGAGACAGGGGAAUCCAUGCGUUGAGCACACACGGGUUGCUGAAUGAUCAGUUGAAAGCGAUCAUCGAGGGGCUGGAGUUCGACGAGAGCAUCCUAGUCUGGCACAUAGCGACAGAGCUCUGCUAUUACCUCGAUUACGGAUGGCCGGACAGCACUAAGGAGCUAGAAAGGAAUAACCAGAGCCCUGUCAAAAAGAAGUGCUUGAUGGGUUUGCACUUGUCUCGGUACAUGCUGUAUCUCCAAUAUAUGUGUCCUUCGAUGCUGCCAGCCAGAUUUGGAAGUAUCAGGUUCCGAGACAUUUAUAAAGAGCCCAGCAAGCGUUUCGACUUGCCUAAAUUUGCUCAGAUUAGACCUGCUUGUGGCCGUAAUAGGAGAGAGCGCAAGCCUGACAUCGCCGAGGCUCGUGAAGCGUUGGGUAGGAAAAUGGGGGACUUAGCCUUUGGGGACGUGUCGGAGGAGGACCAAGUCGGGUCUAUGCUUCGCAGGGGGUGCCGGGUGGCGAUGGAGCUGCAGGGUAUCCCGCGUGGAUGGAGAUGGUCAGCGAUCAGCGAGGUGUGGGUGGAAAUGCUGAUGUACGGGGCUAACAAGUGCAAAGCGAGGGAUCAUGCUCAGCACAUGCGGGGGGGCGGCGAGCUCAUAACCCAUGUCUGGCUUCUCAUGUCUCAUUACGGGCUGACUGACAGCUUCAAGAAAAAGCACGGCCCCCCGGCAACAUCAGAGAUAAUAGUGAAUCCCUGGUGA